AUGUUUAAUAACAAUCAAUAGCCAUUUCAAGGAUAAUAAUAAACUCCAACUAGUUCCAAAAAUAGUGAAAUAUAACCCAAACAAUUUCCAUUCAGCUAAUAAAAUUAGAUAUAAUAAGGAUAAAGUCUUAAUUCUAAUCAAUAAACUGCUUUACAAUAAGGCUAAUAAAUAACUGGUAAUUCUAAAAGUUUAAUAACCCCAACUUCAUAAAAUUCUUAAUUCUAAGUAUAAGUAAACUUAUAAUUUAUAAACUUAGCCACCUCAAUAGAUAUAUCCCAAUCCUCAAAUUUAGUAGGUAGUUCAAGCUCCUUCAAAUCUAAAUAAUUAAUCAAAUAUGAGCGAUCAACAAAUCAAAUAGCCUUUAUAAAUAAAGUCAUUGGUGGUUCCACCUAUGCAAUUUCCAAAUUUAUAAACAAACAUUAGUAUAAUUCUAUUAAAAUAUUAUUUAGAUUAAAUACCAAGAUUAGAUUUCAUUUAAGGUUAAGGCAACCAAAAUAUUGAAUAAAGUAAUCAAAAUAAUAGUAUAUUAUUCUAGUUCAAAAAAAGUAACAAUUAAAUGAGUUGGAGAAGAAAUUUCAAAACCUCUCCUCUUAAAAAGAUCAAUUUGAUUAAAAAAUUAAUUCAUUGAAUUAAUAGAAAAAAAAGUGUUAAGUUUAUAUAUAAAAGCUAAGAGAUAAAAUAGAAGAGGAGGAAAAAAAAAGGAAUAACCUCAGUUUAUAAUUAGAAAAUGAAUAAAAGAAAUUAGAUUCUGAACUUUAAGAAUUAUAAAAUGAAUUUGAUAAGAUAUAAGUGGAGAGAAAUGAAUUAUAAACUUAAUUGGGUAUGGAAGAUUAAAAGAUUAAUUAAUUAAUUUAAGAAUUUAGAGAUUCAAAAAGAAACACAAACAUUGAUUAAAAUAAAUAGUUAUAGUCAAAAAUUGAAUAAUUAGAAUCUGAAAAUAGAAAAUUGAAAGAAGAAUUAGAAGUACAAUAAGAAAACUAAUUAAAUAAUUAAACUAAAGAUAAUGAAAUCUAGAAAAUAUCUGAAAUUAUUGAAAGAAAAAAGAAAUAUUUAUAACAAAUCUAGACUGAAAUACAAUCUGUUAAUGAUGAUAUAGAAUAACAUGAAUCUCAUAUAUAAUAGAGGGAUUAAAAUAUCAACCAGAUGAGUUUUGAUUUAAAAUAAGAAGAGAAAAAACUCAAGAAUUUGGUUUAAUAAGUUGAUUCAAUGAAAGAAGAAAUCAAACUCAAUGAUGAUAGAAUUCGUUUAAAGACUGAAUAAAUUUAAUAAUUAGAAUAGAAAACCUUAUCUGCCCUCAGAAAUUCUGCUCUUGUAUAGUAAAUAAGUAACCUAAAAAAAGAUGUUGAACAUUAAGGUUUGAUUUAUGAUCAAGAAAUAAAGAGAAAAUAAGGAGAUCUCACAAAUUCAAAAAUAAUGAUGGGAAAUAAUAAAAAAGAAUAAAAAUAAUUUGAAGAAUCUCAAAGAUUACUUAGAAUAAGAUAAGGAAAAGAAUUACAAAUGAAAUUUAAAGAUAGUUUUGGUUAGCUUGAAGUUUGCUUCUUGAUUGAUUCAACAGCGUAAUUAAAUAAAAUUAAUUAUUAGAUCAAUGGAACCUUAUAAGUUCUAAGCAUAACAAUGUGUUAAAGGUAGUGUGAAAGCAAUAAAAGAUUUAACAUAGAGAGACGCUAAUUGGUCUACUGUAUGUUAUGUUGAUACAGAUAUAUUAUAAAGGUUGGGAGGGAUGUAUAAAUAGUUUGGAUUUACCAGAGAUUCAGAUGAAUUGGAGAAUUUUAUUCAAUCAGUCUAAUGUAUUGCUAAUAGAGAUUUGCCAGAAGAUGUAGAAGGUGGUAUGAAAUAAAUGCUGAAUAAUAUACCUUGGUAAACUAAGUUUAAGUUAGUAAUAUUAAUAUGUGAUUGCCCAUGUCAUGGAACUAAAUACCAUAAUUAUGGUAGAAAUGGUGAUUACUAACCAGACUCUGACAUAACUCCAACAAUUGAAAAUAUGAUUUAAUAAGAAAUAUUCUUUAUUGGAAUUAUAUUUACUAAUGAAACAGUCAAGAUGUAUGAAGAAAUCAGGAAAAUAUAUUAGAGAAACAACAAAGAAGAAUAUUUUAUAUUAUCAGAUUUAAGAUAAGUUCCUAGAGACUAAUAAUUUCAAAAAUUAACUGAAGUGUUAUCAUUUGCAUCAUAAUAAGCAACAUAAACAAAUGUUAGAACUACAAGAACUAAUAACUAAACUAAUGUUAUUAAAUAAACAAAAAAUUAAAAAGACAAUUCUGAAGAUUAUAGUUCAGUUGAAGCACUUUGCAAAGUCAAUCUUUAAUAAGGUUUAAAUGCUGAUAAUGCUAUAAGAGAAACCUAUAAAGUGUUUAGACUUUAAAUGAAAGAAGAAUCUUUUUAAGCAAAAAUGAAGAUGAUUCAAAAUAUAGGAAUAGAUGAUUUUUAAUUAAUUGAAGAAAAUGAUUGGGAUUGUUUAAGAUCAAAAGAUGCAUUUGCAAAAGGAGCUAUGAAAGCUGCCUUUUUAAUGACUAAAUCUAAAUUUAUGAAUUCAAAAAAUGAAUUCUAUGUUUGUAAAACUCCUUUAAAUAUGCAACCCUAUCCAAAUAGGGAGAGUGCUUUAAAAGAAUGUGUAUUACAUUUAGUGAGUCAGAAAUGGUUGAAAAAAUUUUAUAAAGAAUUAGAUGGUGUAACAGAAUAAAUAAGAAAAUAGAUUCCAUAACUCAGUUAUUCAGAUAUUUUAUUGCUUUAAGAUGCAAAUAGUAAAUUUAUUUAUUAUAAUAGAUAAAUAUUGGUUGGCUGAAAGAUUUUUUGAGGGAACUUUUGUUAAAUAUAAUAAUAAUUGGGGUUUUGUGAAUAGAUCAACAGAUGAUGUAAAUAAAAUAGCUUAAUGCUUUUCUUAUUAUACAUAUUUCAAGAGUGAUUAUCAAUAUAUGAUAUGUGAUAUAUAAGGUGUUAAUGCAUGCUUGACAGAUCCUGCAGUAUGUACAAAAAACAGUAUGAAUAUUAAUUUUAUUAUUUAAAGACUAUAAAAUUGAUCCUACUGAUACAGGUGAAGAAGGAAUAGGAAGAAAUAUUGUAUCUUUUGGUGCAGUUAAGAAUAUGUGUACAAAUAUUUUAAAUGCAUUAAAAAUAGAAUUAUGA